AACUCCGUCACCAUCUACACGAACAUUCCAAGUCUAUAUCUGAAAUCUAAAAUAUAUCCAUUCUAGUCAUUUCGCGCAACAUGGACCACAUGGACGAAAACCCCGAGGACAUCAUGGCGAGGUUUGAGGAGCUCAGUGUCCUCGAGACCGAGUUUGAGGAGGCCGAACUAGAGAUUCUCCGCAAGGCGGAAGCUCUUCAUGCACCUCUCUAUAAGAAGCGCGCCGAGUUCGUUGCCAAUAUCCCACACUUCUGGACCCUCGUCUUCGAGCAGGCGCCACCAGAAAUCGACAACUUUAUCCAACCCUCAGACGCCAAGGUCUUCGCAGAGUGCUUUGACAGCUUCGAAGUCUCUCGAUUCGAGCUGGACGACCCCAAAGGCUCACCGCGCAGCUUCUCGCUCAAGUUCGGUUUCAAGGAGAAUGAGUACUUCGAGGAUAAGGUGCUAGAGAAGAAGUUUUGGUUCAGGAGGACAAAGGAUUGGCAAGGCCUGGUUUCGGAGCCUGUGAAGAUCCACUGGAAGAAGGGCAAGGAUCUGACCUCUGGUCUCACCGAUGCGGCUUGCAAGUUGGGCGAGGAGAGGAAGAAGCUCGCAGCCGACACAUCCAACGGCGAGGCUAGGAAAAAGGAAGCCACGACCAAAGCAUACAAAGAGUUAGCGCAGAAGAUCGAAACAUCAUCAGAUGCGUCAGUCAGCUUCUUCGGCAUCUUUGCGUUCGUGUCCGGGUACAGAUGGGUCAGUGCCGAGGAGUCAGAGCAGGUCACAAAGGAGGACAACGACAAGCUGGAGAAGAUCAAGCGGGGAGAAGAGGUGGAAGACGAUGAUGAAGAUGAAGAAGAUCCUCAAGACUACCAGGAAAUCGAAGUCUUCCCUGGCGGAGACGAAGUGGCUACCAUCAUCGCGGAGGACAUGUGGCCAAACGCCAUCAAGUACUACAAGGCAACCUUUGAUGAGGAAGAGGAUGACGAAGAGUUAUCCGAGCUCGAUGUCAUGGAUGAAGAUUCGGAUGCUGAAAACCAAGGCGACUCUGACAGCGAGGUUGAUAUCCGAGCUUUGGUUGGCAAGGGCCGAAACUCAGCACAGCCGCCUGCGAAGAAACAGCGUAAGGCUUAAGCAAUAUCUUACUGCUAUGACGACAUCAUGAUCGCUUUCUCGUGUCUCCACUGAGGCGAAUCAUGCACCUGGGACAGCUCACGUAGCUCGAAUAACCUCACGAACCAUUGACGAAUCUAGAAUGAGCGUUUAGGUAAACCAAAAGUUAAGCUUUGCUCAAUGAAAUGGACCACUUGAUCCAGCAUAGAUCUCUUUCACCCAUCUUCUCCAUCUGUUGAUCACCUGUCGCAAUGUGCUUCUGGCCAAGAUUCGGCAUACGGUCCGGCCACACAAUGACCUAUCCUACUAGGAAGACUCGUAAGAUUUUCAAGACGACGGUUUUGGUUCUACACUUGAACAUCAGUGUAAUGCUAAGGAUUUGCAAACCUUCCCCGC